AUGGAUAGUGGAGAUAAAAGUUGGAUGGGUCUCCGGAGAUCCACCAAUGAGUAUAUCAGUGGUGUGAAUAACUUUCUUGAUACAACUUUUGAACGAGCUUCCAAAGGAGAUGAAAUAUUGUGUCCUUUCAAAAAGUGUGCUAAUUGUAAGUGGAAUCAUCGAAAUGUGGUAGAGGAUCACUUGGUUGUUUAUGGGUUUGUGCAAGGGUACACCAAAUGGAUUUUUCAUGGGGAAAGUUUUUCCUCGAGAAAUCAUCCAGAUCAUAAUAAUAAGGAAGGUUCCAACAUGCGUGACAAUAUUGACGGCCUACUUCAUGAUACUUUUAGAGAUGUUGCAGGGGACUUGAGGCUUGAGGGAGUGAGAGAGGGGCUAUCCGAAGAUGCAAAGAAAUUUUUUAAAUUGCUGGAGGAAGGUAAACAAGAGUUAUAUCAUGGGUGUGAGAAUUUCUCUAAACUGAAUUUCACCAUUCGAUUAUUCUUGUUCAAAUGCAUUCAUGGUUUGAGUAAUGUGGCCUUUGGAGACUUGCUAGACCUGUUAAGAGAGGCAUUUCCAUUUUCUCAUAUACCUGAGUCGUUCCACAAAGAAAAAAAUGUGAUUAAAGAUUUGGGUGUUGAUUAUGAAAAAAUACAUGCAUGUCCUAAUGAUUGCAUGUUAUUUUGGAAGGAAAAUGAGAAGGAAAAUAAUUGCUCUGUUUGUGGCUCAUCUAGAUGGAAGACUGUUAAUGAUCCCUUGACUAAUGAAAGCUCCAAAAUUCCUACAAAAGUUUUAAGGUACCUUCCCUUAAAACCUAGGCUUCAGAGAAUAUUCAUGUGUCCUGAAACAACUGCAAAUAUGAAAUGGCAUGAUACUGAACGACCCAAAGAUGGCAACAUAUGGCAUGCGGCUGACGGGGAAGCUUGGAAAAAAUUUGAUUCCUUGCACGAAGAUUUUGCUAGAGAUCCUCGUAAUGUUAGAUUGGGUCUUUCAAGUGAUGGUUUCAACCCAUUUCGAACCAUGACCUUAUUGUGGACAAUUAGUGAUUUUCCAGCCUAUGCAAUGCUUUCUGGUUGGAGCACAAAAGGAAGAAAGGCAUGCCCAACUUGUAAUCAUGGGACAUGCUCUCAAUAUCUCAAGCAUAGUCGUAAGAUGUGUUACAUGGGUCAUCGGGCAUUAUUACCUCCUGAUCAUCCAUUUCGAAGAGAUAAGAAAUCAUUUGAUGGUAAAGAAGAUCACAGAUCUGCACCUACUCCCUUAUCAGGCACAGAAGUAUUAGAAGAGUUGCGUGAAUUCAAUAAUGUUUUCGGAAAGGGCCAAAAAAGGAAGCAUCGUGAUAGUGAGGGUCCAUGGAAAAAAAGAUCCAUCUUUUUUGAAUUGCCAUACUGGGAACAUAACAAAUUGAGGCACAAUCUUGAUGUGAUGCACAUUGAAAAAAAUAUUUGUGACAGUUUGCUCGGGACUUUGUUGGAUGUAACUGGAAAGUCAAAAGACCAUGUAAAUUCUCGAUAUGACUUGCAAGAAAUAGGGAUAAGAAAGGAGCUUCAACCAGUACAAGAUGAUAAUGGAAGAGUUCAUUUGGAUAAAGCCUGUUGUGUUUCAAAUAUAUCAAGAUGUGUGGAAGUGGAUGAGAUGAAAAUAUUAGGUUACAAGAGCCAUGAUGCUCAUUUCAUAAUGCAUUACUUGCUCCAAAUUGCUGUUAGAAAAGUGUUACCCAAAAAAGUUUCUAUGGCUUUGAUUCGGUUGGGGAACUUCUUUAAAGUCAUAAGUAGCAAGGUGAUAAGGCGAGCAGAUCUUGAUACAAUGCAGUCUGAGAUCUAUGAGAUUAUAUGUGACCUUGAAAAGAUUUUCCCUCCAUCUUUUUUUGAUAUAAUGGUACAUUUGCCCAUCCAUUUAGUAAAUGAAAUUAAGCUUGGGGGUCCGAUACAUCUUCGUUGGAUGUAUUCCACUGAAAGGAACCUAUGUUUCUUCAAGGGGCAUGUUCGUAAUCGAUUUCAUCUAGAAGCAUCAAUACUAGAGGGAUUCGUGGCACUAGAGAGCGUGAAUUUAUGUUCUAGAUACCUACAUGCUGGGGUGAAAACAAAAUUUAGUCGAUACCAAUUAGAGGAUGAGCAGGGAACUGAAACAGAGGGAGGUAAUUUGUCACCUAUAUUCCCUAAAUUUGGCCAUCCGAUUGGAAGGGAGAAAAAAAGCAAAGGCAACAAUUUUCACAUGGAUCUCCAGUUAUGUGUUGAUAUACAUCGAUAUGUAUUGUUUAAUACCGGAGAUGAAAAAAUGGAGACCUUUAUCAUGGAACAUAAGAUUGUAAUUGACAAUCAUAGUAGAUCAAAUGCAUGGAUUAGAGCACAAAAUCAUAGUCAGGAAUUUGGCAACUGGUUUAAGGAGAAAGUGAAAUCUGUUGAAGUGCCUGAACAUUUACGACAACUCACUAAAGGGCCUAAUACUGCGGCAAAAAGAUAUACAACAUAUUUCAUCAAUGGAUAUCGAUUUCAUACAAUGAAACGAGAUAGUCAAGGUAAGACCCAGAACUAUGAAGUGACUUUAUCAGCAACGACUGAUAGUUUUGCUAGUGCUAGAGACCAAAACCCCAUUGAUGGAGAAGUUGUCUAUUAUGGAGUUAUUCAAGAUAUCAUAGAGAUUGAUUAUUGGGGUUGCUUUAGUGUUGUGUUGUUUAAAUGUGAUUGGUUUCGUAAUGAAGUAGAUGAAUAUGGAUUAACUCGAGUAUACUUCAACAAGUUAUGCAGUACUGAAGAUCCAUUUGUACUGGCAUCUCAAGUGCAUCAAGUUUUCUAUGUAGAGGAUCCAAUUGAGAAAGAUGUUUAUUAUGCAAGGACCAAAGUUCAUGUUGAUUUAUUUGAUUUAGAAGAAGAGAAUUGCCCUAAUAUUGGAGAAACAUUUUUUGGGGAGCCAGACAAUGACAUUGGACCAUCAAAUGGAAUACCUGAUGCUGAUGUUGAUCUCAGAUGGUCAAGAGAAGAUGUACCUGGUGAUGUCAUUGAUAUGCCAACUCAUGAUCAACAUUCAGAAUAUAUGGAAGAAGAUAUGGACACAUCAGAAGAAGAUGAGGACUUUGAUGAUGUCGAUUGGGAUUGGAUGGUGGCUGAUGAUUGA